AUGUUCAACAAAUCAUCACAAAUGCUUCUGGCAUCAUCUUCCUCAUCGGUCAAAAGACUUUUAACAAACGGUGCUGUCUUUGGAAGAAGUAGUAGGAAUAAGAUGGCAGCUGUACCAGUUCUAUAUCAUCAUCAUUCCUCAAAUUCUUCAUUCAUCGGAACAAGCAAUGGAGGAAGAGCCUUCUCAACAACCAUUCCAACAGAGACAGCUCAUCAACAACAACAAGAACAUACACCACACGUAUCGUUCGGAGAAUAUCAUCAAAGAACACAAUAUUGUGGAGAAAUUAAUCAGGAAUCUUUGGUCGGAAAGUCAGUCAAAAUCAAUGGAUGGGUGGAGAAUAUUCGAGUGAUUAAUCAACAUGAGUGUGUUUUCUUGACCAUUCGUGAUGUCAGUGGUGUCGUACAAGUUAUUCUGAAAAACAAAGAAUUAAUUGACUAUUUGAAAGAUAAUGAAGUGAAACCAGAAAGUGUGGUUUUUGUGAAUGGACAAGUGAAUAAGCGACCUCAAGAAAUGAUUAAUGAAAAGAUGGUAACUGGAGCUUUUGAGAUUGAGGCCACAGAAUUGGUGCUCCUCAACAGAGCCAAGACCUUACCACUACAACUAGUCAACGCUGAAGAAGAAAUUCGUCUCAAAUACAGAUAUCUCGAUUUAAGACGAAGACAAUUGGUUGAAAACUUGUCCAUUCGUUCCAAAGCUUUGGCCAUCACGCGAAAAUAUUUUGGAGAAAUGAAUAGAUUCCUUGAAAUUGAGACACCUACUCUUUUCAAAUCUACCCCUGAAGGAGCUCGUGAAUUUCUUGUUCCAACACGUCAACGUGGAAAAUUCUAUGCUCUCACACAGAGUCCACAACAAUACAAACAAUUAUUGAUGGUUGGUGGUAUGGAUAGAUAUUUCCAAAUUGCUAGAUGUUAUCGUGACGAGUCGGGAAGAAUGGACAGACAACCUGAAUUUACUCAAAUCGAUCUUGAACUCUCCUUCCUCACACAAAAGGAUAUUUAUGUUUUAAUUGAGAACUUUUUGAAAAUGCUGUGGAAGGAUAUUUUAGGAAUUGACAUCAAGACUCCAUUUCAACAAAUGAAAUACAGAGAUGCCAUGGAUCUUUAUGGCAGUGACAAACCUGAUCUAAGAUAUGAAGAUUUGAAAUUUAGUAACGUCACUGAAGUAUUCAGAAAUGAAAAGUGUCAUAUUGACAUUAUUAAUCAAACCAUUGCCAGUGACAGUACAAAUGGAUUUGUUUAUGCUCUCAAGGCAAAACAAAUUGGUGGAUCCAUGACAAGAAAACAAAUCGAACAAAUUGUAGAAAAGGCCAAGAGUGUUGAAAAAACACGUCUCAUUUUGGCCACCAAGAUUGGUAGCGAACCAACCUUCCUCAACAACAAACUCACAGAAAAGCAACAGCAAUAUCUUCGAGACAAGCUUGAACUCACUGAAGGAGACAUGCUCAUUUUGUCUGUGGACCCUGAUUGGGAAACCACAGUCAAGGGAUUGGGAAGAGUGAGAGAACAAUGUGCCAAAUACAUGACUGAACAAGGUAUUUACAAAUUUAACACCAUCGAGGAAAAGUAUAGAUUUUUGUGGGUCAUUGAUUUCCCACUCUUUGAAAAAGCAAAAGAUCAAUUUGGUCAGGCUCAUUUACACACCUCACGAGGACUCUCGAGUAUGCAUCAUCCUUUCACUGCUCCUCAUCCAGAUGAUAUUGGUUAUUUGUAUAGUGACAAUGUGAAGGAUAUUUUGAAAGUUCGUGGACAACAUUAUGACUGCGUGUUGAAUGGCGUCGAAUUGGGUGGUGGCUCGAUUCGUAUUCACAAUGCUGACAUGCAAAAAUAUGUUCUAGAAAAGGUUUUGGAAUUGGGUGAGGAGAGAACAAUGGUGAGAUUUGGACACCUUAUUGAGGCCUUGAGUUAUGGAGCUCCUCCACAUGGUGGUUUGGCACUUGGUUUUGAUCGUUUGGUUGCUCUUAUUUGUGGAGAGGAGAGAGCCAAGACUUUGCGAGAUGUGAUUGCAUUCCCAAAGAGUGCUUCUGGUAAUGAAAUUAUGACGCAAGCACCAGGACAAGUAGAGCCUGAGCAAUUACAAGAAUUAUUCAUUGGUGUUGUUGACGAAACUUCCAAAUAA